AUGGCUAGGGUCAUGAGAUACGAGAACCUCAAGGAAGCACGAGCGAAGCGUAAUGAGGAAGAGGCUGCUUUUGAGAUUACAGACAAGGGAAACCGUGGUCGGAUGCUGGUCGACAAGGGCGCUGAGAUGGGCGCACAGGGUGGACAGUACAGCAACGCACUCCACGCGGCUUCAUCUGGAGGCCACGAGGCGACUGUGAAGACGCCGCUCAACAAGGAAGCCCGCACACGCUAUGAGGAACGCCGUGCCAAUACCGGACUAACUUCGUCCAUUUCUCCUGAGGGCGAGGAGAGGAUGAGAGGACGAUGA